GAGCGCCGAGACGCGGCUGCUCGGCCGGGAGCUGCGGGGCUGCGCCGCCGGAACCCGGGCUGUCAGUGCUGGUCCUGCUGCUCGCCUGCACCCCUCGCGCCUCCCGAGCUAUGGCCCUCCCGCCGCAGCUGCAGGCUCUGCUCCAUGCAGUCAAUGCGCUGCUGCGCAAGCGCCGGUACCACGCCGCGCUGGCCAUGCUUAAGGGCUUCCGGAACGGGGCAGUCUAUGGAGCCAAAAUCCGGGCCCCUCACGCGCUGGUCAUGACCCUUCUCUUCCGGAGUGGCAGCUUCCAGGACAAGCUGUGGGCCAUCCUGCAAACCACGUACACUCACUCCCGGAACCUGGCCUGCUUUGUGUUCACCUAUAAGGGGCUCUGCGCCCUGCAGUCCCAUGUGCAGGGCAACACCUACCAGGUGCACUCGUUCCUGGCUGCCUUCAUCGGGAGCUUGCUGGUGUUUGGAGAUAACAAUAACAUCAACAGCCAGAUCAACAUGUACCUGCUCUCACGAGUCCUGUUUGCUCUAUGCCGCCUGGGCAUGGAGAAGGGCUACAUUCCUGAACCCAGGUGGGACCUAUUCCGUCUGUUCACCGCAGUCGUGUGGGGGCUGGUGCUGUGGCUCUUUGAGUACCAUCGGCCCACUCUGCAGCCCUCACUGCAGUCCUCCAUGACAUACCUGUACCAGGAUAGCAAUGUAUGGCAUGACAUCUCAGAUUUCCUCCUCUACAACAAGAGCCUCCCCUCAAAAUAACAUGGCCCUAAGGUGCUGAUGGGGGCUUCUUCACUCGAGAUUGGCUCCAUCGGUGAAUCAUCCCAAAGGAUCCUUCCUUCUCAAGAUCACGAUUCUUGGACUCCAACUUAUAUUGUCCCAGGGUUCCAUUUGCUGAAGCAAAAGCACUGAUUUCCACAUCCCAUUAGGUACUCUUGAAUGGUGAAUAGGGCUAUGGAGCCUUGGACGUGAUUCUAGCUGUGUUGCUGGCUACUGUGAGACCAGGGAAAACCACCCCCUCUGGGUGUCAGGGGUCAUCGAGCUCAGAGGAGGGCCCUGAAGUCUCUUUCUGGUGGGUACGGUCUUCGACCAUUCUAUGGAACAGGGCUCCUUGCUUGUGGGCAGAAGGUUGCAAGUAUGUUUUUAGAAAAUAUUAAAUUCCUCGGCUCAGGUGGUGUUCUAUUAGAGACACUCUAGGAUUCCACUGUCUAAUGGAAGCAUAGCGUGAUCCAUAUAUGUAAUCGAAAUUUUCCUUAGUAGCCACGUGAAAAAAAAAGCAGAAGGAAGCAGGUGAGAUUAAUCUUACUUAUAUAUUUUAACCCAGGAUUUCUAAAAUAUUAUUUUAACAUAAAAAUUAAUAUAAAAAUUAGAGAUAUUUUAUAUCCUUUGUUCUUGUACUGAGUCUUCAGAAUCAGGCAUGUGGUAUAUACUUAGAGUGUGUCUCAAUUGGAACCAGCCAUAUCUCAAGUGCUCUGUAGCCAUGUGUGGCUAGUGGCUACCAUAUUGGAUAACACAGAUAUGGAACACAUUCAUCCUUGCAGAAAAUUCUAGUGGACAGUGCAGAUAUAGAGCUAGGGGGUAUGAGUUUGAGUCCUCACUCCACUACUGUGUGACCUUGGGGAAGAUUUUUAACCUCUCAGAGCCUUAGUUUCGUGUAAAAUGAGGAUAAUCCUAAUACACAUCCAGUGUCCACAUUGGACUUGUAUAAUUAUAAGAGCUGCUACUACUAAUUACUUCAAUUUAGUGAGCUCCUACUUCCCCCCCAGGUGCUUUGCAGAUAUUUUCAACCCAUACAAUGACCUCGCAGUUAGGUAUUUUGAUCCUCAUUUCACAGAUGUGGACACUGAGGGUCAGAGGCGGGAAGUAACUUGCCCAAGAUAAUACAACCAUUAUGAUAGCCAAAUCAGGGUUUAAACCCAGAGCUGUCUGGGUUCAAAACCCUUUUUUUUUUUUCCAGUGCCUUAUGUUAAAUUUAGAAACCUAAGCUAUGCUAUGCAAAUAUUAGCUGGUUAUAGGAUGAGUUUCAGAGGAGGCUGCAAACUCAGAUGCCCAGAGGGGUCUGGCAAGGUCCAUAAAUGAAAAUGCUGUGCAGGGGAUCCCUGGGUGGCUCAGUGGUUUAGCGCCUGCCUUCCACCCAGGGCAUGAUCCUGGGGUCCUGGAUCAAGUCCCAGGUUGGGCUCCUUGCAUGGAGCCUGUUCCCUCUCUGCUGUUCUCUCUCUCUGUGUCUCUCAUGAAUAAAUAAAAUCUUAAAAGAAAAGAAAAUGCAGUGCAUUAGGAAGUGAUGGCAGCAUGGGGAACUGGAGACUCACGUGCCAGUCUGAUUUUUAAGAUCACUGCGCCGGACAAAUCAAACAGGUCUCCAGGAAGAUUUGGUCCAUGGCCCACCAAUUUGGUCUAGUAGGAAUACUUCAGUCUCUUUUUAGAAAGUACUAGUAGAAAUGUGCACAUGAGUCACUGGUGUUCUUAUUAAAGUGUAGAUUCUGACUUAGUGAGUUUGGAGUGGGGCCAGAGAUUCUGUGUUUCUCACAGGCUGUUGGUGCUGCCGGUUUGAGCCAUACCUGGAGUAACAAGGUAGUAGGGAAUGAUAUGCAGCCAACUGUCAUCCCGUUACAAAUGAGGAAACUGAGUCACAGACCUGUUAGGUCAUCACGAUGGGAUUAUGUCUGAUUCUAACAGCAGUGUUCUCAGCCAUUAUGUUGUGCUGCAUGCUUGGAGAAUCCCAAGGUCCUGGGGAGGAAGGAGGUGGCCAUCAGCAAGCAGAUGCUGGAGGUGCUCCACCCAAUCCCCUCUAGCUUACUGCUUUGCUGCACACCAGCCAACUUUUCCAACUGCCACUACUAUAUCUUUCUGCCUGAGGGCUCUCGCUUGCCACUGGCACCUGCUCUGGCACCCACAGCAGGUCUGGAGGAUUAACACAUCCGAUAACUCUGAGGUGCGUGCUCCACACUGGCUCACAGAGUUCCCCAGCAGGAAUGAACUAUGGCUGCCUGCAAUGGUCACUUGCUUGAUAACUAGCCCCCCUUCCCUGUCUUGCUCAUGCCCCUAACAUGGGACCACUUCCCAAAUAAACCACUUGUACUGAAAUCCUUGUCUUGGGGUCUGUUAUUGAGGAAACUCAAACUAAAAUUGGCCUCUGGUGCAGCAAGCUGAGAGUAGGUGGGGGUUAUGGACAUAGGCUUUGGAGCAGGUGUGCCUGAGCUCAGCCUUGUUCACUCGGGCAAGUGACUUAACCAUUCUGUACCCCUGUUUCUUCAUCUAUAAAAUAGGCAUGCUAAUAUCACUCACUUCACAGGAUG